UCACCGUGUCCAUGGCAACGGCAGGAGGCGGCGCCGGCGGCGGCGGCCUGUUUAAACGGGCUUGGAGUUAAGAAGGAGAGGAAUUGCAAUUGGAACUACACGGCAGUGAAAGGUGCUACGGCUGAAAAUGCUUCAGGAAAAUGAUAGUCUUGACGAACUUCUUGCUCAGAAGGAGCAGGAAUGGAAAGGCUUGCAAACACAACGCAUCCAAUCAUUGGUUGCUGCACUUCAAGAUUCACAAACAAAAUUCAAAGAAGAAAAAGAAAAGUUUAACAUCCUGAAAGAGGACUUUAUGUUCAACCUAAAAGUACUGGAGGAGCGAGACCAAGAUUUGGAACGGUACGAUGCAAUGUUUGCUCAAUUAAAGGUAACAGAAAGUUGUAAGCAAGCGGAAAUCAGCGAACUGCAAAUUCAGAUUGACAAGUUGCAAAAUAUAGUUGCGAAUGAGUCAAGGACACGGGAGGAACUGCAGUUUCAGUACCAGCGGCAAUUAAAGACACAUCAACUGGAAAUUGAGAAGAUUCGCAGUUCAAAAGACUCCAAAAUUAAUGGUCAGCAGGAGAAGUAUAGGAAACUAACCCAGGAGCUCGAGCGCAAAGUGCGAGAAGUGGAGGGACAGCUUGCUUUGCAAAAACAGGAGUUGUUCGCAGAAUUUGAUGCCGAGAUGAGACAUCGAGAGCAUGACUUCACACUUCGAAGAGAUGAAAUGAGUAACCUGGUGCUCAGCAGUAAGCUGAAGGUGAAACUUCUGUCAAAAGAGUUGGAACUCCUGAGGGAGGCGGGGAUAAAGGCUGCAGAAUCACUUCAUGUGGCAGAGAAAACAAACCAUCAAAUGUCAAAACAACUUCAAAGAAAAGAAUUUGAAUUAAAAGAUGUAGAAGCCUUAAAAGAAGCCAGGAUAAAAGAACUCGAGGACAAAGUCAAUUGCAUGGAAAUUAACUUGAAAAACGAAGAAGAAAUGUUCCAACGCAAACAUUCUGAACUAGAUCGCCUUGCUCGUGAGAGAGAUGCAAAGCUCGCUACUGCAAAGCUAGUACACACAGAACAGAUCAGGGAACUGAACCACAAGAUGCGGGAAUUGCAGAUAGGCUUGGAGACGUUUGAAGCGGAGAAACGACGAAUGGAAUGGAGCCAUGCAGAUGCCACAAAGGAGAAGGAGGAUGAAAUUGAAAAGUUGCGUGGAGAGCUUUCGACAAUGAAAGUUGGUUGGGAUGGUCACAUCGCACAGAUCUCCAAGGAGACUGUUGCCAAGGACAUACAAAUUAAAAUGUUGCAGGACCAGGAUUCCAAGCUGAGGGCUGAGAUGUCAAGGCACAAAGAGGCCGUGGAAAAGUAUAAGCAGCAACUUGUCCAAGCAGCAGAGAGGGAGCGGAGUCUGGAGCAAAUGAAAGUACAAGCAGAGCUAGAUUGGCAGCAACGCUGUGAGAAGAUAGAAAGAAGUCAAUACUUGAAGUCGGAAGAACUUAUCCAAACCCUGAGCCAAGCACGGAACCAGAUUACAGCAGAACUCCAGGAAAAAGAGCGCAAACUACAGGAGGUGGAGACAUUGGUUCGGGCACUGAUGCUAGAAAGAGACCAUGCAAUAGCUGUACUGCAGAAGCAUGGUGUUUUACCAGAACGAGAUUCUCAGGUUACAGAACCUGUGAGACGAGACAGAGAUGAUGAUGGUUUCCCCUCAGAUAUCAUUCAGAACCUCCAACAGCAGAACUUAAACCUGAGAACAGUCAUCACCCAGAUGAGGAAGGAGAUGGAAAGCCUGAGCGAGCAAAUCCCUGCCAGUCAAUCCACAGGCAAACUACUUGAUGACUCGGGAUCACUCAGGAGCCACAAAGAAUCGCCUAAAGCUGUCAUAACACCAGAAUAUACAAAAUCUCUGGAAGGUGAAGUUCAUGAACUGAAGCAGAAGUGCAGAAAGUUGGAAGAACAACUGGAGGACACUUCAAGAGCUUCAGGCAAGAUCAAGAGGCAGCCUUCAGGCCUCCCAGUUACUGCAGACAAUGCCUAUCUCCAAAACCACACACGCACUUUAAACGAGACUAUAGGUGGCCUUCGUGCUGAAAAGAUCUCAAUAGCUGCUACGGCUAAGAAGUAUGAAGCCAGGAUUGUGCAUUUAGAUUCCAUGGUAACACAGCUCACGCAACAGACACGUCAGAAGCAAGUUGAAAUCGACCAACUACGAUAUGAAUUAACCAGUCAGCAACAGAGGACCGGGUCCGAGAUGUUAAGACUAAAUGAACGAAUUGCUGAAUUGCAGUUACAAUUGACGGAAACACGCAGAGAGGCAGAUGAGUACUUCAAGGGUAACCUUCAGCAAAACCUGGAAACUGUUGCUUUAGGCAAUGAGGUAUCGGCUCUGAAGCUGGACUUGAUGACUGGCCAUGUCCCAGUGGUUGUCGAACAGGAUGAACUUGUCAAGGAGCUUCAAGGAGAAAUUCUUCAACUGCGGAAACAGCUGAUUCAUUCAAAAUCGAGUAACAACCCUUUGCAAUGGCAAAACCCGACCGUAUUGGUUUUACAAGCCAAACUAAAGCAGGCUGCCCGCUACAUCAGUCAGCUGUCCCGCGACAAACAGCAGUUGAUCGAGAUCGGCAACAGACUCCGCGCAGAGCUGGUUAAACCUGGAUUACCAGCUUGUCGCCCCUCUGUCACAGUGAGCCUUUCAGACCUACCUUCUCAGUCACCAAGAGAGCUGGCAGAGGAAGCACAGAAUCGGCUGUCUGCUUUGGAACGUUUGCAGUACCAGCUCACUACCCAGGAAUUGCAAUAUGCACAGCUGAAACAUUUUAAACAAGUUCCCAUGCAGCAGAAUUCAUCAGGGAGUGAAAACGGCCAGAAUACUGAUAACGGGAAAACCACAACAGGAGAACACAUCACAGAUAAGGACUAUGCAGUGGCCGCCGUGAAAACUGGACUCAACAAAACUAAGGAAUGUGAAUUCUUAGAAACUGGUCAAUCACAUCCAUUCAGACCAGAAUCCAGCCAGUCACUGCCCAUGAUGCGUAGUCCACCCACUCAGUCUGAGCAUCUCAUGUCAUCCUACGGAGCAGACAGUUCUAUUCUAGGGAUCUGGAAGAUGUUGGAGACGGGACCCAGUCCUCCUCUAUCCACUCCACACAGCAACACUGAGCCAGAUGUCAAUGAUGCCGGUGGCGUAAAUCCUGGCAAUAACAUGGGAUCAGUGCUGUCAAUACAGGAUAAUGUUGCCAUGAACAAAAUUGGAAUGGACUCAAGGUUCACCCUACAGGGAGCUAAAGCUGGCAUACAGAGCAAGACAAAAACCUAUCAUCCCACGGGUCCAGUAACAAAACUGAAACAUUCAACAAAAACUGCAAAGAUUAGAAACUAUAAUCUCCUUGACUAAAAACUGUGUGAAAGUAAAACCUGAAGCAAACAAUAUAAGAUUUUUAACUAACAGAAUGGAUAGUUUUCCCAUGCUGAACAUUUUAUAAUGUUCCCAGCAUCAGUAACUGAGGAUGUGUGUUUAGAAAGACAGCUUUAGAGGUGAGGCACAUGCUGAAUGAAUCGGUGAGAACAAGCACAUUGCAAUUGCAAAAAUAUCAGCCCACCACAAACGUGAUGUAUUUCUGAACAGAGUAUUAAAGGAUUCUCACAAAAUGCUGCAGUAACUCAGCAGGUCAGGCAGCAUCUCUGGAGAGAAGGAAUAGGUGAAGU